CGUGGUGAGCACUGGGUCUGUGUUACCAUAGUUCUUAGGAGUGAGUAUGUGAAGAUACGCCCAGCACAGUAAUUACAAUGGGCUCGAGUCUUGCAUUCUGUAAGCUGUAACUCUGGUCCUCCUGACAGCGAAUGUGAUUGGCUUUCACAGGCGUGGGAAUGGCUAUGCGGAAAAUGGGCUCCCUGGCCAAGCCAGACUGUGUCAUCACUUCCGACGGCACACACCUCACCGUCAAAACCGAGAGCACGUUGAAGAACACCCAGUUCUCAUGCAACCUGGGAGAGAAGUUUGAAGAGACCACAGCAGAUGGCAGGAAAACUCAGACCGUCUGCAACUUCGUCAACGGCGCGCUGGUCCAGCACCAGGAGUGGGACGGGAAGGAGAGCACCAUCACGCGGCGGCUGGAGGGCGGGAAGCUAGUGGUGGAAUGCGUCAUGAACAAUGUCAACUGUACUCGGAUCUAUGAGAAAGUGGAGUAAGAAUUCCAUCAUCCUUCCAGGCGGGAAUUAGCCAUGAGGAUAAACAAGCUCAGUUCAAUGAGCAAAUCUCUCCACGCUUUUUUCUCCCCAUUACCGUGUUCAGUUAUCACAACCAUUUUACAUGCAACUAUUUCUGAGUUGGUUUAAUUAAGAUGGACCGUUUCGUUGGUAAAUAAAUGUGUUUAUGCUAUA